CACUUAUGAUACAAAAAUGUUGCAGCUGAAGCCUUCAACAUACAAUUCUGAACUGCAGCUAUCUACUGAAGAAAGGAUGCUGAAACUUAUUAAACCUUUCCGAAAGUGUAACUCCUUUGAGAGUCAGGAAAUGGAAGUGUCAACUCCCUUCACACCUAUUCCAAGAGUAAUGAUUUUCCAAAACUAUGUUCCUGGCAAAACAUACACUGCACAACUUGUGGUGAGAAAUGAUACCAAUGUCUUAAAACCACUGAACGUUAUUUACAAAAACACAGCAAACUUUACUGUUAUUCCAUCAAUAAAGAAAUCAGCUUAUCUUGCACCUGGCAUGUCAGUUUCUUUCAGAAUACAAUUUUCACCUGACAAAAAACAGGAUUGUACCAACUAUAUUAAAUUCUGUAGCUGUGAAGACCAUUUUGUUGUGCCUGUUGUAGCAAUUGGACCUCGACCUAUGCUUGAUUUUCCUGACCAAAUACAAAUGCCUUGCACACCUGUCAAAAUACCAGUAACCAAAUAUUUUCUUGUAAAAAACAUUGGUGAAAUUGAGGCUAUUUUUUCGCUGUCCACUGACAGGUCUGAAGUUUAUCAUGAGAAGAUGGUAGACAUGGCAGUAGAACGGCACUGACAAGUACUUGUCGGUCGCAUUUUGGAAGUUGCAAUGAAAGCAUACGCAGAACCAAGGAAC